CCGUUCCCCCGACCGGUCGAUUGCCGAAACCGCAUUGCAACGUACUUAUGGCACAAUUGCGGGAUUACUUGCACACUGCAGUACCAGCUCCGUUAAUGGAAGUCGGAGUAGAGGUUGUCGACCUUCACGCCUACAUUUCAAAGAUCGACCGCGAGUUCAUGACACAACGGUACGACGACAUUGACGCACCAUUGUUGUAUGUACGCACUCAGAUCGGAGAGGCGACUUGCAGCGCUUUGAUUUAUUGCGGAGAAUCUUGCAACUACAUGAGUCAGGACUUCAUGGUCCGUGCCAGCCUGGGCCCACGCGUCCGGAGGAAGUCCCAACCUACGCAAGUUACGUUGGUCGACGGUCACAUGCACAAGUCAAUUGAUCGGUGCAUUAAUGACGUCCCCGUGUACUUUGCCCCUCACGCCAGUGAGGCGAUGUCCUUUGACAUUCUGGACACCAAAUUCGACAUGAUGUCAUGGCUGCGAAGCGAGGAUCACCCAGUGAACUUCUACCGCCGCACCGUUCACGUUCGCGAUCGGAACGGAGUACUAGUCCCAUGCACGGUGCCUACUCCUCACCCUUCGAUCAACUGCCACGUGGUGUCUGCUGUGAGCAUGCGAGCUUCCAUCAUCAGAGACGACAUUGAGGAGAUGGGGGUGUGUUUUCUCCACCCCCUCCCACCCCAUGACGCUUCAUCGACGGACUCAUCUUCGGACCCACGCAUCACCGAGCUUCUCGACGCCUACAGCGACAUGUUUGAGAACCCGCACGAAGUAGUACCGGAUCGGUCCAUCUGCCACGAGAUCAUCCUUGAGGACGGGGCAGUACCUCCACGCAGUUGCAUCUACCGAAUGAGCGAGGAAGAGUUAAGUGUGCUACAGGCACAACUCGACGACCUUCUAGAAAAAGGUUGGAUUCGGCCUAGCUCAUCGCCAUAUGGUGCCCCUGUUCUCUUCGUCCGGAAGAAGAACAAGGAUCUGCGGUUGUGCAUCGAUUAUCGUGAGCUCAACACACAAACGGUCAAGAACGCCGACCCUCUCCCACGCAUCGACGAUCUUCUUGAAAGAUUGGGCGGCGCCAAGUUCUUUUCCAAGCUCAACCUCAAGUCAGGUUAUCACCAACUCGAGAUCCGGCAGGGGGACCUCUACAAGACCGCGUUUAAGACGCGAUAUGGGCAUUUUGAAUGGCUGGUUAUGCCAUUUGGCCUUACGAAUGCCCCAGCCACUUUCCAAGCGGCUAUGACAACGGAGUUCCGACACAUGCUAGAUCGAUUCGUACUUAUCUACCUCGACGCCAUUCUGGUGUACAGCCGGAGUUUGGACGAGCAUGUGGAACACCUGCGCACCUCGCCAAAGGUGCCAUUCGUAUUCGAUGACGACGCACGCCGGUCAUUCCAAGCACUCAAGACGACCAUGCUCAUGGCACCCGUCCUUAGCAUCUAUAACCCCACCCUGCCGACGAGAGUGACUACUGACGCUUCCGGCUACGGCGUUGGGGCAGUCUUGGAACAGCACGACGGCGACGAUUGGCACCCUGUGGAGUAUUUCAGCCACAAAGUGCCUCCCAUCAAUUCGAUUGAUGAUGCAAGGAAGAAGGAGCUGCUCCCGUUCGUGAUGGCUCUCAAGCGAUGGCGGCACUUCCUCCUAGGGCGUCGUAGGUUCACAUGGGUUACGGACAACAACUCUUUGACUUACUACAAGACGCAAGAUACGGUGAGCAGCACGAUCGGACGAUGGAUGUACUUCAUCGGCCAAUUUGACUUCACACCGAAACAUCUCGCCGGCCUCUCCAAUCGCGCAGCAGAUGCACUCUGGUGCAGACCUGAUCUUUGCGCUGUGACACAUCAUGCCUUCGCAUUCGACGAGAAGCUCCAGCGACACUUCAUCAGGGCCUAUGAGUCCGAUCCAGAUUUUGCCACUCUAUAUGCACAGCUUUCUUUGGAUCACCCGCCGGCUAGCCUAUAUCGCAUCGUCGAUGGGUAUUUGCUCCUCCACUCGCGGGGCAAGGACUUACUAUUUUGUCGACGAAGCAAACCCCGCAACCGCAACCCCUACGGCGAGCUGCGCUCGAUGCCGAUUCCGCAGGAAGCCAGUCUCUCCAUUGCCAUGGACGUCACUCGACCAUUCCCCCGUGACCGCCUCGGACACGACGACAUUCUCACGGUCAUGGACCGCUUGAGUAAGUACGCGUGUUUUCUCCCGUGCAAGUACUACUCCACGGCUCCCGAGCUGGCACGCCUCUUGCACACCGGCUGGAUCUGGGGCCACGGUGUACCGGAAGACAUAGUUAGCGACCGCGACACUCGCUUCAUGUCGGCAUUUUGGACUUCUCUCAUGCAGGAGUUCGGCACGAAGAUGAAACCAAGUUCGGUUUGGCAUCCACAGACGGACGGGCAAACGGAGCGGGCACAUCUAACCGCUCGGUUGAUGCUUCGUACACUCAUCCGUUCGGAUCAGAAAGAUUGGGUUGACCGCCUCCCCAACAUCGAGUUCGCCUACAACACUUCGAUGCGCCCGACGAUCGGCGUGACUCCAUUCGAGUUGCACCACAGGGGACAGAAAGGCUGCAUCUUCGCCGAUCUUCUUCUUCCACGACCAGCCGACAUUGACGCCGCUUGCUCUCCCGCUUCCGUCCGGAAGUACAGGGAACUGCUGACUCAAGCCCGCGCAAACGUGCAAAAGGCUCAAGUCCGCAUGCAGCAGCAAGCUAACCGGCGUCGCAUACCAUGUCCCAUCCGUGCCGGUGACCUGGUCUGGGUUUCCGCGGAAGAGUUUGCAUUGGAACAGGAUGUCUCACGCAAACUUCUUCCCAAGUGGUUUGCACCAUGGCCUGUCACAUCAGCCGCGGGCGAUGAGCCCGAUGGCCCUUCAUUUGUGAUCAACAUCCCACCACAUCUGUCGGUCCAUCCAAUUUUUCAUGCCUCGAAGCUGGCAACAUACACGCCAGCCAAGAGCGACGACUUUCCGGGCCGACGAUCGCAGGACCCUCCUUCUAUGGAUGGUCAUCAGGAGGUUGACUGUGUCAUCACCGAUCGCAAGUACGGCAACAAGCCGCGACAGUACAAGGUUACAUUCAAAGCCUGCGAUCGCGACGACACUCGGUGGAUUUCAGAAGCAGACUUGAAAGCAUCCGCACCGCUAAUCUACGCACAUUAUGAGAGACAGCGGUUAGCUCAGGAGGCUUCCCGACCAGCCCCUCCCACCCGGACUGUGCUCCCUCCCUCAGACAGACAACUUCGCCCUCGCAGGUAAAGCUCGGUCUUUCAAGGAGGGGAGGGUGUGGCAUACUGCGUAGCCACACAGGCCCUGCAGGACCCGUCCCGCACCUUCAGCCUA